AUGGGCAAAGCGACAAGAUCAAAGCUUAGAUCAAGGAGUGUUGAAACACCUUUGAAUCAAAGAAAGUUUGCAGUAAAAGGAAAAGAGGUUGAAGAGAAAAUAGUCUACCAAGAAGGCGAUAUUAGUGUAAUACCAGCUAAACCAGUAGAUUUGGUGACAAAGGAUGUCAAAAAGAAGCAAAGACAUGAAGCUUGGCUUGAGAAACUUGAUCGUUCUUAUGCAUUAAAAAAAAAGCAACAGAAAAAGGAAAUCAAGAGACAAAACAACUUGGGCAUAGAUCUGAGCAAUAUUGGAGAAGUCUUGGAUACCAUCAAAUUUAAACCAAAAACUAACAAAAAGGAUGUAAAUAUGGAAGAAGAAAAGAAAGAACCAGCAAUACCAACCAAUAAGAUCAAAUCAAAAAAGGCAAAGAAACAAGCAGAACUUCAGGAAAUACUUCGUAUGCAAAAAGUGAUGCAGACUGGAGCCUUCAAGGAGAAUCCAUUAGGAACGAUUCGCCAACAUGUACAAAACACUUUUACUUGA